UGCCGCGGAGCCAGGGCAGCAAUGGCGGCGGCUGGCGGUGGUGUUGCGGACCCCCUGUCCCCGGCAGGGGUUCCUUGCGCCUUCUCUCCGCUGAACCAGGCAUACUUUGCUUUGGCGUCUGCCGACGGUCAGUUGCGAGUGUGGGAGACAGCCAACAAUAGGCUGCACCAAGAGUACGUGCCUUCCGCGCACCUCAGCGGUACCUGCACCUGCCUGGCCUGGGCGCCAGCGCGGCUGCAGGCCAAGGAAAGUCCCCAGAGGAAAAAAAGGAAAUCAGAAGCUAUAGGAACGAGUAACCAGAUUGACUUGUUGGCUCUUGGUACAGCAGUUGGUAGUAUUUUAUUAUACAGUACAGUAAAAGGAGAAUUACACAGUAAAUUGAUAAGUGGUGGACAUGACAACAAGGUUAAUUGCAUACAGUGGCAUCAAGACAAUGGCUGUUUGUAUAGUUGUUCAGAUGAUAAACAUAUUGUGGAAUGGAAUACACAGACAUGCAAAGUAAAGUGCAAAUGGAAAGGCGACAAUAGCAGUGUCAGCUCCCUGUGUAUCAGCCCAGAUGGAAAGAUGUUGCUUUCAGCUGGUCGAACAAUCAAACUGUGGGUUUUGGAGACCAAAGAAAUCUACAGACACUUCACAGGCCAUGCAACGCCAGUUUCGUCACUCAUCUUCACUACUAUCAGACCUCCUAAUGAGAGCCAACCCUUUGAUGGAAUCACUGGUCUUUAUUUCUUGUCUGGAGCAGUACAUGACCGGUUACUCAAUGUCUGGCAGGUCCGGUCAGAAAACAAAGAAAAGAAUGCAGUGAUGUCUUUUACAGUCACAGAUGAACCUGUCUAUAUUGAUUUGACUUUGUCAGAAAAUAAGGAAGAGCCCGUCAAGUUAGCUGUUGUUUGCAGAGAUGGUCAAGUUCAUCUUUUUGAACACAUAUUAAAUGGAUACUGCAAAAAGCCUUUGACUUCAAACUGCACAAUUCAAAUAGCGACACCUGGGAAAGGCAAGAAAUCAACACCAAAACCCAUCCCUAUUCUAGCAGCUGGUUUUUGCUCAGACAAAAUGUCAUUGUUGCUUGUAUAUGGCAAUUGGUUUCAGCCCAUCAUUGAGCGAGUGGCUUUAAAUUCCAAAGAACCUCAUGUGUGUUUGGUAAGAGAUAUUUCAAACUGCUGGGCGCCCAAAGUAGAAACGGCUAUAACAAAGGUGAGAACACCGGUGAUGAAUUCUGAAGCAAAAGUUCUGGUGCCAGGGGUACCUGGUCAUCAUGCAGCUAUCAAGCCUGCUCCUCCACAAACUGAGGAAGUAGAGAGCAAGAGGAAAUUGGGGGAAAAUGAGAUUAGCAUUGAAGAGCGCCUGGGAGCACUGGAUAUAGAUACAAAGAAAGAAAAGGAUGACCUUCCACAGACAAAUAGCUUUCCAGUUCUUCUCACACAGGGUUUAGAAAGUAAUGAUUUUGAAAUGCUAAAUAAAGUACUUCAAACUAGGAAUUUAAACCUAAUUAAGAGGACUGUAUUAAGGAUGCCCCUGCAUGCUGUUAUUCCAUUGUUGCAAGAGCUUACAAAGAGAUUGCAGGGACAUCCUAAUAGUGCUGUUUUAAUGGUUCAGUGGCUAAAAUGUGUGUUAACGGUCCAUGCAUCUUACCUAUCCACAUUGCCUGAUCUGGUACCCCAGCUGGGAACACUAUACCAGUUAAUGGAAAGCAGAGUAAAAACUUUUCAGAAACUCUCCCACCUUCAUGGAAAGCUAAUUCUUCUAAUCACUCAAGUUACAGCGUCAGAAAAAACAAAGGGAAUGACUUGUCCUGCACAAAAGGCAAAAUUGGUGUUUGAGGAAGAAUCUUCUGAAGAGGAGUCAGAUGACGAAAUUGCAGAGAAGGACUCUGAUGAUAACUGGGAUGAAGAUGAGGAAGAGAAAGAAAGUGAAAAAGAUGAGGAUGUUGAUGAGAACGAUGAGGAGGAGGAAGAUGCUGAAGAAAAAGAUGAAGAGAAUGGGGAGGAGGACAGGGAUGUAGCCAGUGAGAAAGAAUUAAAUGGAGAUUCUGACUUAGAUCCUGAAAAUGAAAGUGAAGAAGAAUGAGGACGGAGAACAAGCCGAUGGAGCUGUCAUCUCCGGUACACCUUCCCCAAUGCUGCCGAGUUCUCCUGGGAAGGGUUGUCUCUGGGACAGGCGCCAAGGACCGUUGCACAUUUCCAGAUUCCUCGUGGUGGUUCCCAUGCCGUCUCGCUGUCCUGAGCACCCCAGACUUCACUGUGUAUAUAAGAGUGUUUCCUUCAAAUGUUAAUAAACUUUACACAGCAAAUAGACA